ACAUAAUCACCUUUCAUUCCAGACUAGGCUGUGUCUCAGUGGAGGGAGGAUUCAUGGGGGCCCCGCCCCUUUCUCCUGGAGGGGGCGGGGCUGUGGGCCGUGACAGCAUCAAAGGGCGCCGGACAAGGGUCCCGACGCACCUUGGAGAUGGAGUCUGUGUGGGGUCUGGGCGGCCUGGUGCUGCUGCGGGACUCCGUGGAGUGGGAGGGGCGCAGUCUCUUGAAGGCGCUUGUCAAGAAAUCGGCGCUGUGUGGGGAGCAAGUCCACAUCCUGGGCUGUGAAGUGAGCGAGGACGAGUUUCGUGAAGGUUUCGACUCCAGUAUCAACAGCCGGCUGGUUUACCAUGAUCUCUUCAGAGACCCCUUCAACUGGUCACAGGCUGGAGAAGCCCUUCCAGGGGGACCCCUGGGAGCCUUGCGAGCCCUGUGCAGAAGGACAGAGCCUGGUCCUGUCACCAUUGCUCUCGAUUCACUGAGCUGGCUGCUGCUGCACCUCCCCUGUACCACCCUCUGCCAAGCCCUGUGUGCCUUGAGCCAGCAGCAUUCCCCCCUUGGUGGCAGCCCCCCCGUGGAGCCUGUCCGUGUUCUAGGCCUGCUACACAUGGAGCUUCAUGGCCCAGGCCCCAUGGGAGCAUUGAGCAGCCUGGCCCAGACUGAAGUGACCCUGAGUGGGACAGCAGGCCAGGCCUUGGCCCACAUCCUCUGUCAGAGGCCCCGCCAGCACCCAACCCACCAGACUCAAUGUUUCUCCAUCCUGCCUGACUUCAGCCUAGAUCUCCAAGAGGGACCCCUGCUAGAAUCCCAGCCCCACCCAGAUCCUCACAUACCCCCGGUGGAGCCCACAACUCAUUUGACCUUUAACCUUAACCUGUCCAAGAAAGAGAGAGAAGCCAAAGACAGCCUGACACUGCCCUUCCAGUUCAGCUCUGAAAAGCAGCAGGCUCUCCUGCGUCCUGGGCCAAGUCAGGCUACCAGCAACAUCUUCUAUGAGCCGGAUGUGUAUGAUGACUUGGACCAAGAGGACCCAGAUGAUGACCUGGAUGUUUGACUGGCGGGUUGGACUGGCCUAGAAUUGGAGGGGAAAGACCUUGGACCCAUAACCAUCCUUUGGCUGUUUGCUUUGGCCUUGCCCUGUCCCUGCCCCCACCUUGUUCCCUGGUGUGGGGGCCCUGCCCCGUGACCCGUAAGUCAGAGUAGCUUCCCAUCAGGACAAAAGGUGGGGAGGGGGGUGUUAGGGGAAGGUGAAGAAAAUGGGAACCCCUCCCCUCCCCACGUAAUAAAAUUUUUAUUUUUCUACUGAAAAA